CCCAGGUAAGGAAGUUUACUGAGCAACGUGGAAACAGGUGAGGCAUUUUUAACGGGUUAGAUUAGACAUUUUAAGGGUUUAUCUUUCCCUUUCUGUCUCUUAACUAUUUUCAAAUUCUUUUGUGCUAAGUAAGGAUGAACUGUAGUUUUAACAAGACAAGUAAAAAAAAAAAAAAAAGGAUUACCUCAACAAGGGAGAGCAUAAUUUAAUCCAAGUGGUUUAGAGGUUCUGUCCAAGGUCCUGAAAAUUCUUGCUCCUCUCGAGCAAAAGGAGCAGAAGAGAGUAUUCUUGGAAAAAUAUCUACCAGUGGCCUUGUAUUAGAUGCAACACGCUCCGUAUCUCAUCUUCUCUCAUAGUUCUUUGUAAGUUCCCCACCCUUGUGCUGUGUCUCUAAUGGAAGGAUGAAAUCACUUAUUUAUUAGGGUCAGGUCACUGAGCAAGCAAGCUGUUUCCAGAUAAUGUGCAAGCAAAGAGGCUGUUGUGGAGGGAGGGGAGGGGAAUGGCCUAGUAUAUCAUUCAUGCUGAAGAGCCUGGAAAAUCCCUUCUCUCUUUCCUGUGUGAGAUUACGUAGCAGAAGGGAGAACUCUCCUGAUUCUUAGACAUAACAAUGCUGUCAAUUCUGCUGCCUAUAAACAAAGGGCACAUAUUAUUGAGAGUACAAUAGAGCUUGUAAUUAAUAAAAUUAAAAUGGUAUGUAUUAAGAGCAAAAUAUUUUGCUGUGACAUUUUCAAGUCCUAAGCAUGUGGGGCUUAAUGAAUAUGAGAUGUUUCAGAGAUUGCAACAGACUUCCCAUGUUGUCAAACAGAAGUACUGAAUGAAUUUUAAAUUCAAAUCCAGCUUGAUGUGCAACUAUGAAAUAAUCUUUCAGUGUAAGCUUAAAGUGAAAUUUCAAAAUAAGAUAUUGAUCUAAAUGAAUAUCUGUGCUGCAGGUUCUGCAAUUUCAUUUUGACGAGGGUCUCACUGUUUACUGUUUAACAUCCAUUUGUCUCUACCUGCAUUUCACAUCUUCCUGAUUUGUAAUUGCCUGCCAGUAGAUGCGUGAAGAAUGCCUCUUUUAGUUACUCCUGCUCAUUUAAUUUGUACUAAGCAGGGAACAAAGUGGUAUAUGUUUAAGUAUAAGAAAGUAUAAGGGUGCAAACAAAAAUAUAGUUUUAAUUUCUAUAACUUCAUAAAUCUAAUUAUUUGUCUUCUCUGCCUUGUUUUUAUUUUUGUGAAUAUUGCAAAUUGAAAUGCUAGGGUAGUGAGCAUUUAGCUGAACCAUAGCAACAGAUUCUUAUGCAAUUCAGUAAAAGAUUUUGAAAUAUAUUCCUGAUUUCUAGUUUCUGAUUAUUUUCCAGAAAAUAAUAUCAGAAUAAAUUUUAAAAGAAUUGUUUUUUUCUCAUUAAAACAUUUAAAUUUGCACUGACCCCAGUCAAUUACUGUAGAAAUGUCAGGGUGCUUUGAUGUAAUCAUGAAAAAAUGAAAUACUUUCAGUCUAGAAUUCAGUUCUGGUCUCAGUUGAAUAUUGGAACAAUGGGAAUUCAUCAGAUUUGUUUGAAAUUUCCAAGCUAUACACCUAAUGCUACAUUAAUAAAAUAAACAGGUACACUAGGCUUUCAUUUCCCAACUUGACAGAUGUGUAUGUGCUGCAACUUUUGGAAUCUUGGAUAAUUCCUACCCAACACAUUUGGAGAAUACCAGAUUGUGUAAAGUUGCUCUCUGUUUAACUUCUUCAUCGGACUGUGAUCUUGGAAAGGAAAGACUCUGACCUCAUCUUCCUUUCAGUUUUAAGUUUAACCAUUUUUUCCUGAAUCAGCUUUAUUCAUAACUCUCUGCUCUUUGUUCUACAUAUAAAUUUCUUGCUGCAUAAUACUUUUGCUACUUUGAAAUUGUCCAUUCAUCAUGUUAAUUCCUAAUAAUAUGUCUGCAGAGAGCAUAUAAAUGUUGUAUGUAUGUACUGUAUGUAUAAUUACAUGUUUGUGGUUAAUAUAGCACAACUGUAUGGAAGGGAGAGCAAAUCACAGAUCAAACCCAUUGAGAAGCAAGAUGUUUUCACUAGAUCCACUAUUUUAAAGAUAAGAACAUUUUCUGUAUUUUUUGUAUUUGUAUUUUCAUAUAAUUUUCGUUAGCAAAAUGAACUCACAUGCCCAAUAGCAAGAUGCACUGGAAUAUGCCCAACAACUUUUUCCUCUGAAGAAAACAACCAAAGGGGCCAAAAUCCAACUCUGUCCGCCUUCAUGAGGAAAACACACUCUUCCAUCCCCCAAAAGCUUCUCCAAAAGAGCUGUAGAAUCAGAUGGCUUGAAAGUCUCUCCAGGAGCAACCAAAGUCUGAUCUGGCCAUGGCUCAUGUUUCUGAUUCCUUCCGGAAGUUUUUUCCUCCUGCUCAUUCUCAGGACUCCAGCAGUGACAUCAGCACAGCUAACCUCCUUUUGCUGAGCAGGCAGAAUCGCCUUAUGAAUGGGAAUAAUCAAAACUUCCAACCUUCGUCACCUAUGGGAAGAGUUAUUCUUAUCAACACACCACUAGAAGCUAACAGUGAUGAGAGUGAUGCUAUCAAUGCCUUUACAGUGGAGAAGAGCAAAGAGGGGAAGCUGGGUUUCAGUGUGCGUGGGGGCUCUGAACAUGGCCUGGGUAUUUUUGUCAGUAAGGUGGAAGAGGGCAGCAGUGCAGAGCAAGCUGGACUUUGUGUUGGGGAUAAAAUCACAGAGGUGAACAGUGUGAGCUUGGAGAACAUUACAAUGGGAAGUGCUAUCAAGGUCCUGACAGGGAAUAACAGGCUGCGAAUGGUUGUGAGACGUAUGGGCAAAGUGCCAGGGAUAAAGUUUUCCAAAGAAAAGACUACAUGGGUUGAUGUGGUAAAUAGGCGCUUGAUUGUGGAGAGGAGUGGCUCAAGUCCCUCAGAUACCAGCUCUGAGAUAGGAAGGCGACGCAUCAUCCAUCUCUACACCACAUCUGAUGAUUAUUGCUUGGGUUUCAAUAUCCGUGGAGGGAAGGAGUAUGGCCUUGGCAUCUAUGUCUCCAAGAAAAGCCUGAUCUUUCUCUCAAAUGCCCCCCUUGUGCUUGUUCGAUGUUGUAUCAUUCCCAGAGUGGAUCCUGGCGGGCUGGCUGAGCAACAUGGGAUCAAAGUUGGUGACCAAGUCCUUGCAGCCAAUGGAAUCAAGUUUGAUAACAUCAGCCAUAGCAGGGCAGUGGAAGUGCUAAAGGGGCAGACCCACAUCAUGUUGACCAUUAAGGAAACAGGGAGAUUCCCGGCAUACAAGGAAAUGGUGGCUGAAUACUGCUGGCUCAACAGAUUGACUAAUGGCCAGUUGCAGCAGCUGUCCCAAACCUCUGAAUCCAGCUCAUCCAUGUCAUCCUAUUCCUCAGGGACCCCCUUAAGCUCCAUGAAUGGCCUAUUUAUGGCCCCAGUUCCCAGCUCAGCGGAAAGUUGCAUGGUUGAUGUUGGCAUCUCCGCAGAAUUGCCAGUUCAGAGCCAUUUGUCACAGAGGGCAGAGACUGCCAUGCAGACAGAACCAUUACCUGAUGGGGCCUUCUUUUCAGGGAGCCUGAUCUCAGAAACCCAGAGGAUUGUGCAGCCCAUGGAAAUCCUAAAAGACACAGCCAUUCGCACAGAAAGCCUCAAAGAGUCCUUCCACCUAAGAAAGCACCAGCCAUUUGUUAGCAAGGAAAUCACAGAGCCAUCCCCCAAAAUGGCUCUUCUACUAGCGCUCAGUCAUCCCCGUCUGCCCAUUAAGCGAUCACAGAGCUAUCUGACCAUCUGUGAGGAAAAGCAUCAAAGAAAGAAAGGGAAGCUCAUAUCAUCAGAGAAGAAAGUCACUCUCCAGCGCUCCAAAACCCUGAUGAACUUGUUCUUUAAGAGCACCCGACUAGGAAGGCCAAGCUCAACAACUGGAUCCCUGGAAUCACAGAGGCAGCCCCAAUUACCUGCACAGUCUGAUGGGGAGAAAGUUAACCUUAUCCAGCAAUUUGUGAACCGGACUUUGAAACGGGGAAAAGGAUGCUCCUUUGUGUCUUUGAGCUCCAAGGCAUCUAACAAACACAGUGGUGGUGACAGCCACCUGCUGCUCAUUGAGGACAUGGCCAGGAAGCUGCUGAUGGAAGAUGAAGUGGCAGCUGUAUUGCGACACUGCACCCGAUACAUCCGAGAAGGAGGGGUGGAAGACCUAGUGAGGCCCCUGCUGGCAAUUCUUGACCGUCCUGAGAAGUUGUUGCUUCUCCGAGAUAUCAGAAAUGUGAUUGCCCCUACAGAUCUUGGCCGCUUUGACAGUAUGGUGGUGCCUCUGGAGAUGGAAGCCUAUGGUGCACUCAAGAGCAGAACAGGCGAGGAAGUCUUGAGAUCACCUGCCCUCCGCCCAGCACAACAUGAAACACCCCCAAAGAGACAUCUUAUCACUCCAGUGCCUGAUUUCAGAGGUAGUUUUCUUCUCAAACCAGUGAUGACCAACAGGGCAAACGGGGAGGAGGAACACAAGGAGAUACUGAAAGAUGCCAUGGAAAGGCUGCAGCUCUCUCCCAGACAUGGACAGACUCAACCUCAAAACUAUAUUCCUCUUGCUGAUGUGCCAGUGGAUGCCUACACUCCCAACAGGGUCUCUUCCUCGGUGACCAGUAGCAAGGAACCCCUAUGGAGUCUAACUAAACCUACAAAACCCUCAAUGAGCUCCCUACACACUGUAUCCUCUCAGGUGCAAUCCCUGGAGCAUGGACAACCUAGCAGAGGGAGGCCUCCUUCUUCAAAAUCAAGCCAUAGACAGGCUGUAGCAUGGGGACCAUAUGAGGAAAUCUUGCCUGGCAGCGAUACCCUCUAUUCUGUUAUUAAUCGACCACGCAGAGCUAGGCCCCUGCUCUCACAGCUCUUCAAGGAAACCUCAGCUACUAGCAAGGUAAUGCAAGCAGAAAUGGGAGAAGAGAUCCCAGAGAACCCGCUCCAAAAUGGCCCCAAUGACAAGGAGGAGGAGGAAUAUGAAUUGGUGACUGUCAGCCUAUCCAAGAACAAGCAAUCUCUGGGCAUCAGCAUUUCAGGAGGGAUAGAAUCCAAAUUGCAGCCAAUGGUGAAGAUUGAGAAGAUAUUUCCUGGGGGAGCAGCAUCUCUGAGUGGAGAACUGGAGGCUGGCUAUGAACUGGUUGCAGUAGAGGGAGAGAGUCUACAGAAUGUAACACACCAGCGAGCUGUGGACAUAAUCCGCCAAGCCUACCGUAACAAAGCUAAGGAGCCCAUGAAGAUUGUGGUGAAGGUGCCGAAGAAAAUCAAAUAAAUAUUGCAAAUCAAGCAGUUUACCCUGAAGAAUGUGGUCAGUUCAGAAAUCAGACAGUGCUGCAAUGCUAGUGUUAAUGAAGAAUCUGUUUAACUAUACCUGCUUAUUGUUCAGAAAGAUAUGGCACUUGGGAUACAAAUUGGUAGCAGUUACUAAAAUAUCUGCCAAUCAGUAAAGCUUUCAGGCUUAAUGGAGCAAGUAAUAGUUUCCCAGUUCUAGAGAGGCCUGGUUGGAACAGGAGCAGGCAAGAGAUCACAUUGCCCAAUUCAAGCAACAAAUAUUGUUUCCAAAACUACAGUUAGCUGCAAGUGGACAGCUGUCAUCAAGAGCAAUUGUUUUGAAAUGAGCUGGCAUCUCUAUGGAGGAAAUAUUGUUUUUGACAUUCCGAUCCACCCCAGUUGAUACUUCUAGAUGAUAAGGCCAUCUCCAGCUAACUGGAGCCAGAAGGAAAAGACUACAAAGAAAGGUCAAUAUUUGGUCAAAGGGAUAUUUGUUAACUCAUGUUCAGUAAUGCACCAUAGCAUUAAAUUUAAUAAAUUUACCUAGACUCGUGCAUAUGUAAGUGAACCAUAAAGUUUGAAAGACAAUAAUCCAGUAUCUCAGUUUGUAAAUUCAAGACUCUGGAUAUAAUAUUCUCACUUGAAUCUCCUUAAAUACAUUCUUGAAUGAAUAGCAAACCUGCAGUGAUCCCAAAAAGAACACGCAACAAAGAGAUAGUCAUUGUUUUAUAUCCGGCCUCAAAAUUACUCUCAGUGAUUAAAGUGGUGCAAGUCACCAAGGUACAUAGACUGAAAAAGUCAAAUUACUGCUUUUAUGGUCUUCUCUAAAAGCCAGAUCCAACAGUGUCUUCAAGAUCACCUAAUUAAGAAGAUUAACUAAAGAAUAUUGCUAUCAUUAUCUCACUCCUGAGCUAAAGUAACUAUUGUGGAUCAACACUGGCUGAUUUCCAGAUCAAUAUUUCUGAUAUGAAACAAUUGUCAGCCGUUUACAAAGUGCCACCACCAGCCAGAGUGGAAGAAAAAAUGCAAUAGUGGUAGAAGUUCAUUUAGACCCAGUUUUUGUUUUUAGACCCAGGAACAAGAGCAGGAAUGAGAAAUUACUAAGCGUACUCUGUGCUAGAUAUCAGAUAAAUUUUCAUCUCUGCCUUUGUCCACCAUUAGAAUAAUUCCACCCUCUGCUCAUUCUUCCACAUUUCAUUGCCCCAGCCAUCAAAUUUACAUGUGACUUUUCUCAAAAGAAAACAGACAUUUUCUUAGUUUUUUUUUAUUUCACACUUUUCUUUUGGUUUUUACAAGAAAUUUACACCACCUGGAAAAUAUACAAUUUCAGAAAUAAAGUAAAAGAAAAAUAUACAGUGGUGCUUAAAGUGGGUUAAGCAAGAGGUAUAGGUUGCUAAUAAUUACAGAAGUAACAUGCACCAAGCUUUUCCUUUGGUCUAAUGUUAUUUGUCUCAACACACCCAUUUUGCAAGCUCCUCUCAUAACAAUGAGCAAAAGGGAACACUGUCUAGAAGUGAACCGAGAUUGCCUCUUCUCUUGGAAUGCACAGAAUUUCCAGAGUGUAGCUAAAUGCCAUCAUCCUCUUGCAAAUAGUCCCAAACUCUAGCUGGGCUACACCCUUCACAAAUGUUUGUCUGUUCAUUUUUUUGCGUGAAGAAGAACAAGAGGACUUGAAGCAAAAGUUACACUAAGGUAGCAGAAAGCAGCUGCUCUCUAUUCUAGCAAUAUGGCAGUUCUUCCCAGAUUGGCCUAAAUAAUCGGUAUGCUGUACUUUGGCUGCUUCCAGCCAAAGCACCAAUUCUGGGCAGUUGACUUUUUAUAGCCAGAGGAAAAAGGCUAACAAAAUCUAACCAGGCUGACAUAGUGAGCAUGCCUUGCACUAUCUGGUUUGAUUCCCAUGGGUUGGAACCAAAAUAUAAAACCUGCUCUGAGGCUCCGUUAUUCAACCCCACUGAUCCAAAUCUCUUCAGCUUCUUGUAACCUCAAGGAAGUUUGUUUACUUAGCCUGAAAAAAAGAACUCGCAUCUCUCCAGCAAAGAGAGCACAUCAGUUUGUAGUUAACUGGCUAUUUUGUCAGCCAAGUUCCUUUGGGAAUGGCUUUUCUGCAGUCCAUAAUUCUGACUUACCCUGUUUCACUGACCAUUUUUCUCCUGAGCAUACAUUGGAAGACAAAGAGAGGAGGUCAGUUAACAAUUUAUAGCCCCCCCCCACAUCUUUUUUUUAAUAGAAAUCCAGAUGGGUCCACGUUACCCUCUGCAAACAGAACUUUUUUUCUUUGAAAGGAGCUCCUUGCAGUUGUCACUGGCCUGCGAGGGUAGGAAAUCAGCAGUAGGUCUGGACUGAAUACCUACUGAAGUUAUUGUAUCCAAAUGCAAUCAAUAAACUUGGUUCAAGUAUAGAUGCAUGGACAGCUUUAAAAGAGAGGAAGCUGCACAGACUAGGAACCAUAUUCUAGUAUGCAAUUAGUCUUGAGCAUAUUACAAAAGUAGACAAGUAAUUAUUGUACCUCAACAGGACAGACUGCCCUGCAAACAUUUGUAGGACUUCACAACGAUCAUGGUUCAGACUAGACCAGAUCUCGCAAAAAUCAUGGGAAGGGAAUAUGGAUGCCUGGGAAACUGAGCAUCUGGAACUAUAGAGGAUACUGUACAAGGCUAUUAUCAGGGAAAUGCAGGAGAUUUAAACUCAGCCAUCUUUGACCCUGAAACGAACAGGACGUGGAUGUUGUUGGAUAAACAGGUAGAGGCUGGAUGAAGGUGAGUGGUGUGAGAGACAUACCCAGGCAAGCAAGAUCAUGAUAAAGACACUCUGAGUGGCGUUCCAACAAAGACAGAAAGGUAAGUAAGAGAAAGUGGAAAGUCAUCCAGAUCCCAUCAUAGCAAAUAGGUAUGCUAUGCUUAGACUUUUUUUUUUUUUU